GGUAACUAGUGACGAGUUUGGGCCCUCAGCCCACUAGCAGCGGCACCUUUCCAAGAUGGCAGCCAACAGUAGCAGCACGGUUAGCAAACCCAGCAACAGUACCGGGGGGAAACAGUCAGGGCCGUCGGCCGAGCAGGUCGUGGCUGCAUUCCAGAGGAUGCGCACGGAGCAGCGCAGCAUGGCCUCCAAGGCUGCAGAGUUGGAGAUGGAGAUCAAUGAGCAUAGCCUAGUCAUUGAGACCCUAAAAGACGUAGACCCAACAAGGAAGUGCUUCCGGCUGGUGGGUGGGGUGCUCGUGGAGAGGACAGUUAAGGAAGUCUUACCAGCUCUGGAAAGCAAUAAAGAACAGAUCUCAAAGAUUGUAGAAUCCCUCAACACACAGAUGCAGUCGAAAGGCCGGGAGCUCACAGAGUACCGGGAAAAAUACAACAUCCGAUUGGUGGGAGAAGGGGAGGAAGGCCAGGGCAAAUCUGCAGCGUCCUCCAAUGGGGGCGAAGGGAGCGCGUCUAAAGGCGGUGCCGGCGUUCUAGUUUCGUAGCUUUGUGAAAAAGCUUUAGUAAAAUAGGAAAUUGUGCAGAAUGCCAUCAAGCAUUGAGUCAGCACAGACCCCGAAAGGCAUUUCAAGGGCCCGAGUUUUACGAAUGUCUUGCAUGAAACCAAUGUUACAAGGGCCAGAUUCUCAAGACCAUUCAAUUGAGAUAAAUGAAGCGUGUUAUUGAAUCCUUUUCACCUAUAGUUAAACAAAACUUAAGCCAACAAUUUACUUACUCUGGUUUAUUUUCUCUUCAGACAUGAACAAGCCUUUCGCCUUUUACUCGAGGCAGUGUUUCAUUCUUACGGUAUGAUAGUUGUAUUAAACAACAUGCCUUCUUGAUGACCA